AACAAAUUCAUGAAAUCACAGUGAUUACAAUUAAUAACAAAGCAUGUUUGACACAUGCUAGGAUGAAACGGAUAAGCCGUACCGGCAUAUAUUUGUCAUAAUUGUUCUUGUUUAACGUUGCUGUUGUAAUGUCCUAUCUAUGUGUAUGGUACCACAGUGCACUGAGAGCUACUCUUGCUUCCCGGCCGGCAUAAACAGCUUCAAACCGGUUUCCACCAAACCCAAAAAGUAAUGCUUAGCAAUUAUUCGGGUUACACUGAUUACCAAACAGGCACAUGAUUAAAAUUUAUUAUUUACGUUCAUUAUGGUUUACUUUUGCUAAGAAAAGUCGUUGGAACACGAGUACUAUUAGUAUUAUUAUUAUCGUUUAUUUUUAUUAUACAGUUAUGUGAAAAAGAAUAUCAUUAAAAAUCACAUGGUCCUUAGCAGGUCUUAAAAUUAAGUAAAUACAACCUUAGAUGAACAACAACACAUGAACAAAUACACCGUGUCAUUAGUUGUUCAACAUAAACUAAGCCAAAAUGUAGACGCAGUGUGUGAGAAAUUAAGUACACCCUUACCUCAUGGGAAUGGAGAGGGUAAGUGGCAACCAUGUGCUGCUAAUCAAAUUCACUUGAUUAAUUGUUCAUCAGCAAGUGUGACCGCCUCUAUAAAAGCAGAAGUUUGCUGGUCUAGAGCAUUCAGGUGUGUGUUAGGUGAACAUUUGUGAACAGACAUACGUAUUCAUUCCCCAAAUUUGGGGUCAAGCCAUUGAUCCCUGUAGCACCAGCAUCAGACCAAAUUUCAAGGGGGUCCUGUUGAGACAGCCAAGCUUAAACAUGAGCUCAAAUAUCUCAAAGAAAACUCUGGAUGGUGGUUGGGGAUGGGUCAUUGUUAUGGUGUCCUUUAUGGGCCAGCUCUUGGCAUAUGGGUCUCCCCUAUCUGUUGGUGUACUGUAUCCAGAAUGGCUUAGAGCCUUCAAGGAAGGAAAAGGCCUGACUGCCUGGGUUGGCUCUCUUGUUUCCGGUGUUGGACUCAUUGCAAGUCCCAUCUGCAGUGCCUGUGUCAUGAACUUCGGUGCUAGACCUGUCACAAUCUUCAGUGGUGUUAUGGUUGCUGGGGGCUUCAUGCUCAGUGCUUUUGCACCCAAUGUGCAAUUUCUUAUCUUUUCAUAUGGAAUUGUUCUCGGCUUAGGCUGUGGACUAGUUUAUGCUGCUACCGUGACUAUUACUUGUCAGUAUUUUGACAAGAGACGUGGCCUUGCACUGGGAAUCGUAACGACAGGUACAAGUGUGGGAGGCUUUUUGUAUGCCACUGCUCAGAAUGAACUCAUUGAAAUGUAUGGACUUGAUGGGUGUUUACUGAUCAUUGGAGCACUGUCAUUGAACCUCAUAGCCUGUGCUGGACCAAUGAGGCCCUUGCAUUUGCCAGGCUUCUACCUCAAGCAGAAGGCAGCAUUAGAGCAGACUGAGGAGCAGCCAUUCUCACAGUCUGAGAAGCCACUGGCCACUGAAGACCCAGUUAAGACUACGGUAGCCACUGAAAAGGGCUUGAUUGUGAAAGACCUGCUGAUCACUGCUGACACCAAAGAUUCACUGGCUUACAACAGCAGCUUCUUUGGUGGCUCUGCACUGGUACAGAGUAUUAAGAACAAACAACAAGCCUACACUAGCUACAUGUACACCACCAGCCAGUUCCUGAAAGAUCGAAUCUUCUUGUCACUCUGCGUCACCCUCUUCCUCUACAGCCUGGGGGCCUUCCCUCCUGUGCUCUUCAUGGAGGAUUUGGCACAAAGCGAGGGCUUCAUCGUUGACAUCAGAAUCAUACCCCUGGUUUCCAUUGUAGCUAUUACUACUGGUAUGGGCAAGCUAGUGCUGGGAAUGAUGGCUGAUCUCAAGGCGAUCAACAGCCUGUAUCUCUAUGCCUUUACAGUUGCCGCCACAGGACUUGCUCUACUCAUCAUUCCAAUAUCUAAUAGCUAUACUGGUCUUCAAAUCCUCUCAGGGGUAGUAGGGUUCUUCUCAGGGAACUGGUCUAUAACACCCUAUGUCACCACCAAGAUUGUUGGAAUUGAAAAACUGACCGAAGCCUAUGGGAUUCUAAUGUUUUUCGGAGGAUUUGGUAUUAUGCUUGGACCUCCGCUUGUAGGCUGGUUCUAUGACUGGACACAGUCCUAUGACCUUGCUUUCUACUUUAGUGGAGGCUGUGUAUUGGUGGGAGGCUUCAGUUUCUUCAUUUCUUCUAUGCCUUGUUGGAACAAGCACAAGCAAGAAAACUCAAUACCUGUGAUUCAGGGAAGUGGCGACUGCAAGAGAGUUGCCUCUGUAGCAUAACUGAUGGUGCAGCCUGAUUCCACCAUAGCAUGUAGAACCUGAUGGACAUAUUUCCAGUGCUGGGCUUCAGUUUAUGUUUUUUAAACAAUCAUAUUUAUACAACCAUUUUCAGUGUCAAAUUGAUUUCUUAUAAGACAGUAUAUGCAUUAUUGCUUCAUUUUAAGAGGCUCAUAUGUAAUUUAACCAUCUGCUGUAUCCAGUCCUUGUGCCCUUCACUCUCUAGGGAAGGAUUUUUUUAAAUAUUUGCGUUGACAACAUUUAAGGGAAUGUACAGUAUUUUAGCGUUUUUAAUGACAAACGGUUGGUGGUUAAAUGUCAGAUAAUGCAUAUGUAAAUUCCAAUUUCUUGACUUCUAUAAAUUUGGAUGGGAAUAAUUUUGAAAUAAAUAAGGAAAAGCAUAUUAGUUUGCACAAAAUUCAGCUGCACAAAAUUAUUUUAUUUAUGUAUUGUUUUGAUGCCAUUUUAAAUAGCCUUUGUAAUUUUCCAAAGCUCUGGGCUGGGUGAAUUUUAAUUAUUCACUCAAAACCUUUUGUAUAAAUAUUGCUUUACUUUGGUGUUUACACAAGUGUAACUGUAACUAUAUUUGUGGUAAUUAUACAAUGAGUAUAAUGUUUUAAAAUUUGUACUGUUACGUGUCAAUGGGCUGGCAUCCCUGUCACACUGACAUCAAGCAGAGCUUUCAUUCUGUCACACCCAGUUGGUUCUCACUCCACAUCUUCUGAACUAGACUCACCUGUAAUUCAUCAACCAUUCAUCAACCUACUUAAUUGGCAUGGAUUAAAUGACCUUUUUGUGAAGUAUUGAGUGUCACACCAUACUGAGGGGUUGUUUUAUGACCUGAUUUCCAUCUAUGACCCCUGCUUGUGUUCCUGUUGUUUUUCCUGCCCCUCUCUGUGAUUUGAAUUUGAUUCUUGGCUGAAUACUGCAUGUAUCAGCUUGGUAGCUUUUGGCCUGUGUUAGGGCUAUGAAUUUGGAUUGUGAUUUAAGUUUUUUUCUUUGCCUUUAUUUGGCUCUGCCUGGUUUUUGACUGCCUAUUUGUGAAUUAUGAUUUUGGAAUUAAACAUCUCUACAUAUGGA